UGAAUGGAAAGGGCGUCGUUUCGGAUUGAAAAGGAAUCCAAUUUCAAAGUUUCUCCUCUAGUUUCAGCUGACUGAGUCAGGCCGGUAAGGUUUUUGCUCAGGCCUGCGGCGGAGAUGGAAUCGCUGCCGCCGGAGACGGCGGAGAUUGAGAUGAGGGCGGCGGAGGAGAUCGAGAUCGCCCAAGACAUAUCUCCACCUCUCUCUCCCUUCGCUUUCUCUCUCUACGAUUCGUUCCUCUCCUCUCACUGCUCCGUCUGCUUCUCCCCUCUCCCCUCACCUCCGCCGUCGCUCUACUGCUCCGCCGCGUGCUCCCUCUCCGACUCCUCUGCAGAAUUCCCUCAACUUCCUCCCGACGUCUCUCCCCUCCUCUCCUCCGACGUUUUCGCCGCCCUCCGCCUCCUCAACUCUCUCUCCACCUCCGCCGCCGCCGCCACUUCCUCCUCUUUGCCGCACCGAAUUGGCGGACUCCUAACCAAUCAUCACCGCCUAAUUGACGAUCCUUCCGUCUCCACGGCGAUCCGCCGCGCCGCUGCCAUCAUGUCCACCGUCCGGAGGUCGCGAGGGGAUUUCUCGAACGCGGACGACGCCGUUUUGGAGGAAUCGGCUCUCUGUGCGGUGAUGACGAACGCCGUAGAGGUGCAGGAUAACAGUGGACGUGGUCUAGGGGUCGCCGUCUUCGACGGGAGGUUCUCGUGGAUCAACCAUAGUUGCUCUCCAAACGCUUGCUACCGUUUCAUGAUCUCUUCUCCUGAGACGGCGUCGUGUCAGGAAGAUCUCGGUAGGCCGCCGAAGAUGGUUCCUCACACAAUGAACAGAGAGAAGGAAAAUGCUGAUGUUCGUAGCAAUACAGAACCCUACCUAGGAAGUACACAGAGGUAUGGGCCGAAGCUAAUUGUUAGGAGCAUCAAGAGGAUCAAGAAGGGUGAGGAGAUCACGCUAUCAUACAUUGACCUGCUUCGUCCAAAGUUAUUGAGGCAGUCAGAUUUGUGGUCGAAAUAUCGAUUUCUCUGCAGCUGUGAGCGAUGUGCAGCUUCACCACCAGCUCAUGUAGAUUCGAUGUUACAGGGAGUUAUUAUGUCCGAGCCUGAAGAAACAACUGUUGAUCUUUAUGAAACUGCUCACAGAGAUGAAGCGGCGAGAGAGAUCAGUGACUACGUUGAGGAAACCAUAGAUGAUUUUUUGUCUGGUGACAUAGGACCCAAAGCAUGUUGCGAGGAGAUCGAGAGCAUGUUGAAUCAGGGGAUUCAGAAAAAUGAUCCUCGGGGAGCGAGAGAAACAGAACCAUGGCCUCGUUUCUGGUUACACCCUUUACAGCACAUUGCCCUGAACGCCUACAUAACCCUAGCUUCCGCUUACAAAAUCCGUUCAACCAGCUCGGUAGCCGUAGAUUCUGAAAUCGAGAGUCCUAACCUGAACCCGAACGCCUUUGACAUGGGGAGGAUCAGUGCCGCUUACUCUUUGUUCCUUGCAGGUGCAAGCCACUAUCUCUUCAGCUUGGAACCAUCACUCAUUCUCUCGGCCGCGAAUUUCUGGACAAAUGCCGGGGAAUCUUUGUUAGAUCUCGCUCUCAACCUGCAUUGGGAUUCGCCUGUAUCCAGCCUUCCCCCAAUUCCCGAGCUCAAAUGUGAAAAAUGCUCCUGGAUUCAUUCACUUGAAUCUCCCGACCAACACAGAGAUCUGGACGAAAGUUCUGCCGAGUUCUUGAGGUGUGUGGCCGAUAUCGCACGGCACUCGUGGAGUUUCCUGGUUCGGGAUUGUGGUUACCUUCGGAAAUUCAGGAGCCCCCUGGAUUUUGGGUUUCUCGGGACGACAGUUUCGGAUGGAAAGACAGAAGAAGUCGAAGUCGAAGCCAAAGCGGAGGAGGAAGAGAAAAGGGUAAGCAUUCUAAGACUAGGUGUUCAUUGCAUAGCAUACGCAGCUCUGCUUGCUGAUAUAUGCUAUGGUCAUGAUUCUCAUCUGGUGUCUAACCUUUAUAAUGUCCUUUACCCUCCCUGAAAAUUUCAGUCUGGUCGAAUUUGAAAUGAAUCUGAGAGAAUAUCAUGCACGGCAUUGCACCAGGAAACAUCUUUUUUUUUUUCUAUUUUUUCUGGCAUGGCAUCACAUAUUAUUUUCUAUAUAUA